UGCACAAACGUACAGGAAGUGUUCAAAACGUAAUCUUUUAAUGGUGAACGUAAAUAGGUAUCUGAAGGCCACAGAGAAAUAAUAAUCGCACAUACGCUAACUCAUUCCUUAGUACUAGCGAGAUAACACGAAUUCCUAGCUAAAAGCCUAAAUGUAUUGCUUGUACUGAAACUGCGCUUCACGCGAGUGAAACAAGUUACGAGCCUCGGUAUCGUCCGCCCAUCUGUACGUUUGCUAGGCUAAGCUACUUGCGGUCACUUGUACCAGUAACGUUUUAACGUUAAACAUCGUAAAAUAUCCUACAAAGGACCGUCAAAUGGACAGUUUCGAAACGCCAUACGAUGAAGAGGCUCAGUUUAUUGAAUGCACGGUCUGUGAUAAAUCCAUCAGAGGGGAGACUUUGUACAAGAUACACCUGACUACACCGGGACAUAUAAAGAAGGAGGAUGCUCUUGUUGCUGCGGGGCGUGCUACAAGACAGCACACCGUCCCAGUAUUUGAAGACAUUAUACAAUAUCUGGAUUACAUGAAGCUUGAUGAGCCCAUCAUUGGUUUGGACUAUUUGGAUGAAGUGCCUAGUACAGAUCCACAAGCUGGCCCCAAAUAUACAUGUAGGCUAUGUCGUCAGACCAGACAACUGGCAGAAAUGGUCCAUCAUGUGAUUGGACGUAAACACCGGCAGAAAUAUGUGGAAUUGAAGCGGCCAGACUUGGUGACGUGGGAUAAACAGCCCAUACUAACACAAGGAGGAAAAAUUAUACGAGCCAGAGCAGAGAUAAUAGAGAGACAGGAUGGACGAGGAAAUCCAGUGCUGUUGCCGAAAAAGCACAUAAAAGGCAAAUUAAACAUCUCAAAAGUUCCCCCAAGACAGAAGCAAAAUAGGGAUCGAAGCAUCUCACAGCGCCUGACCCAACGAACUUCGACAUCACACCUACCAUCACUCUUGGAUUUUCGAGUAGAGUACUGUCCCAGUAAGAGGUUUCCCCCAGGGCACCCAAAUACACCCCCAUUCCAUUCAGAAGAAGCAUACAUGUUGAAACGAGACAGACAAAUUCACCAGUGGGAGGACACGCUCAGCCAAGACAGCAGGGAAGAGGAGCUGUGGAGGGUAGAUCGCAGGCAAAGUGAUGUGCGCAGACAAGUGUAUACGGACCCUGAUUAUAAUAGAGAAUAUGAGGAGAAACAUAUUAAAGAUCAGCAAAGAAGAAAUGUACUUGAGCCCGGUGGUGUUUCCAGGUAUGAUUCAAGGGCAGAGAUGCUCCAUGGCCAGGCUCGCCGUCAAGAGUAUUACCCAGAAGAGGCUCCUCCCUACCCAGAAACAGAUCCGCUGAAGGAAUUCUGCUCUGAUGAAGUUAGGCAUGGGCGAGUACAUUCUGCUGAGUAUCAGCCCUUGAAGCAGGUGUACUCAGAAGGCGAUAACCACCAUUGGUCUCUGGACAGGGAAUCGGAUAGGCGUGACAGUAAAAACAGAGCAGGUAGACAGGGAUCAACUGAACCAGAGGCCAAGAGGAGGAACUUUACCCCACCCAGAGAGGAGAGUGGCCAGUUGCGUGACCAUUUGUUUAAGGUCAUAGAUUAUGGCCACAAAAUGAGAGGCCCUCUUCAGGAAGAGUUAGUUACCAGCUCUGGGCCAAGCAGAGCAAGACCCUCAAAUUCUGAGAGGCCGGUGGAGGCUACCAAGUUUAUGUCUGACAUCCCUGAGCCAUUCAGGCGCUUCCUGAAAGGGACUGCUAAUGACGAGGGACACGGUAAAAGAAAAAGAAAGAGUCGCUUUUCUGAUGCUACUGCAGAGGAGGUGGAAACGACAAAGGAGAUGUUUAGUGAUGAGUAUGGACCUCCUAAUCCAAAGUUUGGCGGUUGUCCUAAACCAGUUAGUACACUGAUGAGACCUGAAAUCCAUGGAAUACAACAUCCCAACGUCUACUCAGAAUCAGAGGGCCCACACCACACUGAAAACUACCAGAAAGGAGGGUCUGAGUCAUUAGCAGUCUUUGAUAUGCUGAAAAACAUUGAAAUUGAGAAUGCAGAAGAGGCUGACUUUCUGAAAAACAAACUCUGCGACCUUCUGAAAGAAUUCAAGGCCAAAAAAUCUGACCAAACUGGGCAAAAUAGCCUCACUAGAGCAGUCAUCUUCAAAGACUACAACAGUUUAAAGUCGGGAUCAGAACCGUCUCCCAGAUACUAUUAUGAGAAAGUCCUCAGAGAUGAUUCAGAGCUUAGACAACCAGAAGACCUCUACUUUCAAGAAAUGCACAGAGGAACAGCCUGGAAACAGCAGGAACAUGUACCUGACCAGCGGCUCCAAGAAUACGACCAUCCUGUACGCGGGGAACCCAGACGUCCAAACUCAAACAGAAGCCAUUAUGAUGAGGUUUUAGGAUGGCCCAAGAUGUCUCUGACACCACGUGCCACCCAACCGGAUGAGCCAGCACGUUUUCCUGAAAGUCACACUCGUGACUACAGAUCUGCUGGUGAAGAGUUUUUGCACUCCCACUCUUCUGCACCUCCCCUCCACGGGGACCGACAACCAAGGAUGGACAGGGGCCCUCGGUACUCCAGCAGCCUGGACAAAAUCACCUCCACACUCCUAGAACUUGUAGCAAGGAAGUAAUCAUUAGAUUAUCAUAGGCACUCUGAGCUACCCAUACUUUGAAAUGCUUGAAAAUAUAAUUUGAUGUUAUAUUUCUUUCUUCCUUGCUCAUUGUUUUUAGGCUAUUUGUUUAAACAUUAAUGAAUAAUUUGGUUUUGGUUUAAGAAAAAAAAUAAUCAAGUGCUUAUGUUCACAUUAAAACAUUUUCUACAGUAACUCUCGCAUCUUAGGACUCUUCACUGUUACCAUCUUCUAAAAUAGCAGUAAUAUUUGUUACUGGAUUGAACUUUUACUGGUCUUGAACAUUGCAGCGCAGUGAAUUUAACUGACUCUAAGUGAUGUUUUAGGACUAAUUAUUGCAGACUUUUGUGAAUGAUGUGUUUCAGUGUACUUUGGUACUGAAUCUGUGAAAUCAGUCUACUUCAGAAUAAUAAUAAUAAGAAGAAGAAGAAGUGGAGGAGGAGGAGGAAGCGCCUAAGAAUAAGAAAAACCUUAUACUGUGCAAUUGGACAGUAAAAUUGUUGUCAUUACCAGUCCACUUAUGUUUAACUGAUUAAUAUUAUUAUGGACUACCGUAGCACAUAUCCCCUUUUAACUUAGCAAAUUUAGCGAAAACGGGCGGGGGUCUGAUGCCGUUGUUUAGGGGACGUAAUCGUUGCGUCAUCACGCUGGUGCAUUCAACUGUUUCCGGUUCGAGUAGCAGCCAUCUUGUUUCUCCUUGUUAGCUAAAUAAAAUAAAUAAUACGCUGAGCCGGACUUCACUUCGAACCCCUAAAACAAA